AUGGUGGAGAGCUCUCCGGUGGAGAGGGUGCUGGUGGAGCUUUCCCCAGUAGAGAGGGCGCCGGUGGAGAGGGCGCCGGUGGAGAGGGUGCCGGUGGAGAGGGUGCCGGUAGAGAGGGUGCCGGUGGAGAGGGCGCCGGUGGAGAGGGUGCCGGUAGAGAGGGUGCCGGUGGAGAGGGCGCCGGUGGAGAGGGCGCCGGUGGAGAGGGCGCCGGUGGAGAGGGCGCCGGUGGAGAGGGUGCCGGUGGAGAGGGUGCCGGUGGAGAGGGCGCCGGUGGAGAGGGUGCCGGUGGAGAGGGUGCCGGUGGAGAGGGCGCCGGUAGAGAGGGCGCCGGUGGAGAGGGCGCCGGUGGAGAGGGUGCCGGUGGAGAGGGCGCCGGUGGAGAGGGUGCCGGUAGAGAGGGCGCCGGUGGAGAGGGUGCCGGUGGAGAGGGUGCCGGUGGAGAGGGCGCCGGUGGAGAGGGUGCUGGUGGAGAGGGUGCCGGUAGAGAGGGCGCCGGUGGAGAAAGUAGUGGUCUGGUCACUGAGUGACAAUCGAAUGUGA